GUCAGCUGAUCAAAAGCAACAAGGAAGUUGCAAAAGUGUUCAUGCAUAUAUGAUUUAAAAUGAAGUCGGAAUUGCUCUCAUAACUGUUUACAAAAUGAAAACUAAAUUCUUUCUAUCGAUUUUAUGUUUUGGAAUAAUGACAAUUUUGGUAAAAGGUGAUCCAUGUAUGAAUUAUAAAGUUUUAGAUUCAUUGGACGAAUCCAGACGAUCUGCUGCAAAAAGCUCCGGACAUUUAUGUGAUAAUACGCUGGAGUCAGGAUGGUAUAGAAUUAUCAGUAAGGCAGGCGAAAGAAUGCCAACAGAAUGUAUAGUUGGCGGUUUCCGUUGUGGGACAAUUUCAUCUAUAUGGAUGAAUGGAUCCUACCCGGUAACAAAUGAGACAAGAGCAGUUACAGCAUGUGCAGCGAACUACAAUGGAAAUUGCUGUGCCUAUUCACAUCCGAUAAAAGUGAAAAAUUGCACCAAUUAUCUUGUCUACAGUUUGGUUCCUGUAACCCCAUGCUAUCAGGCUUAUUGCUUUGGAUCAGAGCUUCCAUGUCCGACCGGAGAAACGUCUGAUAAUGGUUUUAGUCCUGGAUGUGAACUGGACCCUUGUCAUAGUAGUAAUUAUGAUAUACUACAAGGUGAAUUGAAAAGAUCCUCUAAUUAUACCCUGACUAUAAAUGACGUUGCUAUAGAAGAUAGUCGACUCAGAACAGGAUGGUAUAGGAUCGAUAGUGUGACCGGAAAUGACAUUGUCAAUUACAGUGUUCCAAUGAUGCAGUGCGGCACUCUCUAUCCUCUCUGGAUGAAAGGAAGUAUACCAGACGAUAGAGAAAGAGGUAAAACUGUAAAUAGAAAAGUUUGCAGAUCAGGACUGACUGGUACCUGUGUACAAGAAUAUAAUAUAAAAGUACGAAACUGUGGCACGUACAGAACAUAUUAUCUGACACAAUUAGAUGUUGACAAAUCAGCAUACUGUUUCGGAAUGUUACCAGUACCAAAACCAACAACAUUAACGACAACAACAAGAUCAACGACAACAACAAAAACAACGACAACAACACCAAGAUCAACAACAACAACUACCACAGUAACACCUACGAAGACAUCUACAACGUUGGGAACAGCACGGACAACAAGAGCAAAAUCCGUUUCAUCCAUAUCUACGAACACUUCAGAAGAGAUCUCUACUACUUCAUCACUGAUUAAACAAACAACAUCACAUCUUCCUCAAAAAGAUGAAAAAGACGAAUCAUUUGACUUCCUUUCAAUAGUUGCAGCUCUGAUUGUACUUGUUUUUGUCCUGCUGAUUGUUAUAAUCGCAAUUUUUAUAUUGUUUAGACUGAAACCUCGCUGUCUGAAAGAUAUAAUGAGAUCAUCACCACCAACUUAUGAAGAUACGGUGAAGACUGACAAAAUGACUAAUCUAUAUACACAAAUGGAAGAUACCAAUCAUUACUCUUGUAUAAAGGACAAUAAUUACAACGAAGGCUACGAGGAGAUUCCAUAUGACAAAAACCAGACUGUGCCGGAAAAUAAACUAUACUUUCAAAAUAUUGCUACAAUGGCAAUUUCAACUCAGAUCGUACAGGAAAAUAGGCUUUAUCUUCAAAAUCCGAUUACAGUGCCACUAGAUAGUCCCGAAAAAUCGAAGAUUUGACAAUGAAUGUUAUAUGCAGUAUAACAUGUAUGAUUUUCUGUUUACAUAGAAUUUCUGAACUUGACGAAAGGGUAAUACUAACAUUACAUUAUAUUGUUAAGGAAAUGCAAAUGACAGCAGACAUUAUUAUUAUACACAUAUUUUGUAUUAUAUUCAUUCCUUCUUGCAAACUAAUAUGUGAUAUUAAUAAAUUAUAUGUAACAGAAGAGGGACUCACACAUGUAGCAUUUAUAAUAUGUUUAUUGAUAUCUGUUUCAUACAUUAUUAUGUGUGUUAUUGUAUGAAUCAGCGUUGAAGAUGAAAUACAUUACAUUCUUAAACGCACUGUAAAACAAAAUACAAAUUGAAGAAACUCACAAGUAUCCAGUUUCGAGCAGGUUUAUUAUGUUGUGUUAUUUUGGUAAAUUUAUACGUAGAGCUUUCAAAUUUGUAGCGUGUUAGCAACUAUAUAUUUGGUGGUUUCAUAGCCGUUCUUUACUUUUCGACAACCAUGCUUAUGAUAUCCCUUUGACAUUGAUACUUUAGAAAUAUUGGGUUAGAUAAUUUGUAAUAUAUGCUAUAUGAUAAUAUUUUGUUUCACGUGUUUUCUUAAGCUGGUUCUGUGUCUUUUGUGUUAUUUUCAGGCAAAUGCUUAUUGACAAUGUCUAAUUUUCCCUGAAAAAAACUUAAAAAGACACAGAACCAGCUAAAGUGAUGAUGUUUAUUGUCGAUAUCCUUGAGGGUUACUGGGGAUUACAAAUAUGGUCAUUUUUGGUCUUCUUCCUAGCGGCAGUAAAAUAUUUGUCACAGACGAGCGUCGGUUUGGCUGUGCGGGAUGUAUAAAAACGCAGCCACGUCCGAUCAGUACGGGGACGUGUAAAUCCGAUGCCUCGUGUAUAGAUAGUUCCAUAAUGUAAAUAACAAAUAAUUUGUAAGAGUUUUCACUCAUAUUGUUUACUCUGAAAAAAGACGAAUCUAGCGUUCAUGUUCAUCCACGAAAAGGAUGAAAAUAGUGCUAGGAUGUUGAUUACUUAUAACUUAUAACUUAUUAAAAGACCACUGAUAUUUUAUCAGAGUUUCAAUGUAAACAACUUUGGAGGAUAGUAUAGCAUUCAUAGAAAAAUUAUUCAAAAUUUGUUAUGAACUUCUAUAUUAGGUAUUAUCAUUGUUAAUAUUCAUUUCUUUCAAUGUCUUAACCUAACACAAAACUUAUACAUGAUGUGCAUUUACAAGCUAGUUAUGAGUGUUCAUAUAUUCUGCAUUAACAUCGUUCCAUUUCACUGUAUAGUCAAAUAAAAUAUCUUAAAUAAACUGUAUUACGGUAA